GAAGGGCGCAGCGCCUAGCUGGGUCUGGCGGUGUCCGAGCUGCCGGGCCGGAGAGGAGUGACCGGAACUGCUCGAAUAUCUACGUUUCAGUUUCUGUGCCUAUCAAGAGUGUUAAUUCAUCAUGGAUAAUCUGUCAGCAGAAGAAAUUCAGUUGAGGGCUCACCAGGUUACUGAUGAGUCCCUGGAAAGUACAAGGAGAAUCCUGGGUUUAGCCAUUGAGUCUCAGGAUGCAGGAAUCAAGACUAUCACUAUGCUGGAUGAACAAGGGGAACAACUAAACCGCAUAGAAGAAGGCAUGGACCAAAUAAAUAAAGACAUGAGGGAGGCAGAGAAGACUUUAACAGAACUCAACAAGUGCUGUGGACUUUGUGUCUGCCCAUGUAAUAGGACAAAGAACUUUGAGUCUGGUAAGGCCUAUAAGACAACAUGGGGAGAUGGCGGAGACAACUCUUCCAGCAAUGUAGUAUCUAAGCAGCCAGGCCGAGUGACAAAUGGUCAGCCUCAGCAAGCAGUCACAGGAGCAGCCAGUGGUGGAUACAUUAAACGUAUAACAAAUGAUGCCAGAGAAGAUGAAAUGGAAGAGAACCUGACUCAAGUGGGCAGUAUCCUAGGAAAUCUAAAAAGCAUGGCCCUGAACAUGGGCGAUGAGAUUGAGACUCAAAAUAAAAAAAUAGACCGGAUCACAGAAAAGGCUGACACCAACAAAAGUCGUAUUGACAUUGCCAAUGCCCAAGCAAAGAAACUCAUUGACAGCUAAAGUACUGCUGUACUUCUUUACCAUUUAUUCAUGUACCUAGCUCUUCCUUCAGAGUCAUUGCCUUUUCAGAGUUUGAAAUUUUGGUUCCACACUCUUCUAAUCAGGAGAUAAUGUGGAAGAGGGGCAAAGAGUAACAGCUCCUUUUUUUAUUUUCUCUUUUUCCCUUGAAGGUAGACUGCUGCUCGGCCUUCCUUCUAGUACUUUCUCAGUUUAUACUCUUAGCUUGGUUUUUAUACAUCAUAUAUAGCAUUGUUUUUCACCCUCCUUAUUUAAUAUAGCAGGUUCUUCUUUCAAGAUUUGGAAGUAUUGCCAAAGACAGCCAUGAAAAAGGAAGCUGAGGGCAGGGGUGGGGGAGUGCAAGAAGGAGAAGCAAGUGAUAAGAGGUCGUUACCUCAGUAAAACCUUCAGGACACAAAGCAAAAAGUUGCAUAGCUACAGUAAAGAUCUAGUUGGGUUUAGAUUUUAAGUUGCAGUUAUUGCCAAUUUAGGCUAAUACUUGGUUUUGGAGCUUUUAUAUACAAUAUUUUUGUUAUACAUCACAACUUUGCAACCUCUGCUUCAAAAAAGAAUAGAAUGAGUUUUCUUAAAGUGAGCUUAAUUCCCAAACUCUUGAUGGUUCAUAUAUGUACAUAGUGUCUGUGAUCACAUUUCACAUUGCACCAUACAGGAACACUUUGUACAAAUGAAUAGCUUUUUAUUUUCAUAUUAGUAUCAUGGUUCCAAUUCAAGCCUAUUAACCUCAUAAAUUUGUCAUUAGUCUUUGAAGAAAAAUAUGUAAAUAUGUAUGUACAUGAGAAUUUCUGUCUAAAGCAGGGCGUAAAAUUUGGGGGGAGUUUGACAAAAUAAAUCACGUGAUUUCAGAUUUACCUCAAUGCCAACAAUUAUGUUUAGGUAGGAAAAAAGUUGUUUUGAUCUCAGGUAGAAAAAUUGUUAGAUUACUUUGAGUUUUAUGUAGACUUAGACUUUUAAAAAGGUAGACUUCUGUUUAACUAAAAGUGAUUUGCAAAAUUAUGCCUUUGGUUUGAUUAUUGAUUGUACUGUUAUUCUUUUAGUACCCGCUUUACUUAGACCCUGAACAGUUUUAUAAGAAUCUGAUUGGUAUUUGUCACCUUUCUUUAAAAGCUAGCACCUGCACACAUCAAAGCUAUUGAUGUGGGUUGGUUUGACCAAUAACCACUGCUUGAUCCCUACAAUUAAAUUUUUUAACUAAUGGAA